AUGGCUGAGCUGCUGUGGCGAUGUGAUCUUUGUUCGGACCUGGUUCUCCAUAGGAUGAUUAGCAAGCACUUGCAAGAAGGUCACAACUUUCCCGAUGGUGAAGCUCAGCAAGUGGAAACAGACAUUGCAAUUGAAACUGCCUCAAAUAGCAGUGGUCCUGUCAAUUCUCUAGUAACCUGUCCCUCAUGCGGAGUGGAAGUUCUGGAUCAUGUGGGUCUGGCAAGACAUUGUGAACACCGUCACAGAGAGGACAGCAGUUAUAGCGAACCACAAGAUUAUUCAGUGUUCACCGCGCAUUUUUCAACGUUUCAGAAAUAUGAGGAGUGGUUGGUGGAGGAGUGUGAUCGCACAUGUACACGGUUCAUUGAUCAUACUAAAUAUGGUGGAGCGUUGUUUCACCUGAGGUGUAACCGAGGAGAUGACGAUCCAUGCGAAAAGCAGAGAACAAUAUGCUCUUGUUUUCUGAAUGUACGCAUCAGCGGGAUCGGUCCAAUCAUUGUUCAUGGAUGCUUCGGUCAUAUUGGUCACAAAGUUGAUGUCUCACUACGUAGUUUAACUUUUGAUGAGGAAUUGUUCCUUAAAACUCUUUUAGAAGAGUAUUCAAUGGAUCAUGUACUUGCAUUGCUCAAACGAGAUUUUUCUUUGAAAGCUUCACGGCUUGCCCAAGUCACUCGAGAAGAUCUGUGCGACAUCUUGAAGAAAUACCAACUUAUUCCUAUUUCAUGUGAACCUAUGGAGGGCUCAGAGGCCUGCAUAGAGGAAAGCAAAUUUCUUCAUGAAACGGUUGUAGAUGAGGAGUCUCAAUAUUGCAGUCUUGAACUGGAUGUUCCUGAUGAGGAACUGCGCGAACCGGAGAACAAUGGUUCAGAAAGAUCGAACAAUUUGUCGUCAACCUCACAGCAGACUGCAGCAUUCAUAGGGGGAUGGGAACAACAGAAUUCGAGUGAUAUGAUUGAUAACGAAUUCUUUGAUGAUACAAGAGGAACUUCGAUGACAGAGUCGCUUUCGCCAGAAGAGAAGCAGUUUUCAAAAGGGCAUAGCGUAAAACCAGAGACGAACGACUCUACAGAGGAUGAAAAUUCCAAGCCCUCUCGAUCGCAAGUUGAUGAAACGACGAGCGCUUGCGCGGAAAGCGAGCGAAUCAUGAUGGCGUUUUUAUCAAAUAGAAAGCGUUGGAGGUGUUACCUAUGCUCUAGAGUGAUGGUCCGAAGGUUUAUACAAACGCAUCUGAUAGGUAUUCACAAACUUACACAAGAGCAACUCGAACAAGUCCUUUUGGAUCUUGCAAGAGGAGAAAUUGAGGAGAUUCAAAAAGCCAAAAGAACCACGAUGCGGUGUCCUGUUUGCGAAGAAAAGGUCAAAAAUCAUUUUGCACUAGCAGUGCACUGUGAUAAGUUCCACAGAGAUAGUGGGGCUGACGGUCAGCCGCAAGACUAUACUGUAUUCAAGAAGAGCUUCGGAUCGAAUGCUGUUUUUGAGGAAUGGCUGAGCGAACUGUGUGAGCGGACGACUACGAGCUUGAUACGUCGAAAUGUUAAAGGAUGCCACACUGUUGAUGUCACUCUCCUACGUCUCAACCAAACUCAAGUGCUACUUCUCAAACGUCUUCUGGAAGAGUACUCCGUAAAUCAUAUUAUCAGAUUACUGAAAGAACAGUACCCAACGAAAACUUCAAGGCUUGCCCACGUUACUCUAAAAGAUCUGCAAAAUGUUGCGAAAAGAUAUGGACUCAAGGUCACAGAGUACGACGAAUGCUGCAAUGAGCCUAAUGAUGAGCUGCCUGUUGAUCAAGCAGAGGACAAGAUACUUCGUGGAGGCCACGUUUCGCAGCAAAGGAAGGUUGGAAACUGCAAGGCAGGCGACCUCGUUUCGGAUGGUUCACAAAACAGUGCCGUUGUAAGAGAAAGGACCUCGUUAAACGUCACACUGCUGGAAGGCGCAGAAAGGUUGGCUAUAGUUAUAGAGAUCAGAGGCCAAUGGGAGAGGGACAGCCAGCUGGAUCGGUCAAGGAAACGUUUCAUAUGCUGUCCCGUUUGUGGAGAGGCGACUUCGGAUCCGUUGAGUCUAGCGAAGCAUUGCGACAAAGUGCACAAAAGUGAUGGAGCUGAAGGGGAGCCGCAAGACUAUACCAUUCAAAAUGUUACUUGCGAUACGUAUACAGAAUUUGAGAAAUGGCUUACGGAGCAGUGCGAUCGUACAUGCACGACUUUUCUACGGCGUUCCAGUCGGCCGCUUCCAGGAGGAGGAACUUCACAUACGUUGAGAUGUCACAGAGCUGUAUCUUCUGCGGGCAGUGGUUUGAGAAGGUUAAGGCCAAGCAAGAAACCGAACGAGAUGUGUUCAUGUUAUUUGAACGUACGCGUGGACAAAAAUGGAGUGGUUACUGCCCAAGGAUGUUUUGGCCAUGUUGGUCACAAAGUCGAAGUGACUCUUUUCCGUCUAUCUAAUGAACAAGAAAUGUUCUUGAAGGGACUUUUGGAAGUGCAUUCCAUCGACUUUGUUUUGGACCAGUUGAAGCAAGACUUCCCCUCAAAGAACUCACGGCUCUAUCAUAUUACUCGCGAUGAGUUGAGGAAUAUUCUGCAUCGACACAAAAUUACUCCCGUCCCCCACGAAAGUCACUAUGGGGGCUUAUCAUUAGUAAAUGAGGAAAACAACAGUCAAUCAGAUUGCAAUGUAACAACGAAUCGCAGUAAUGAGCUGUGUCACACUAACAAAAGCACGGCUUCCGAGGGAUCAGAAGAUUCAAAGGAUCUCCAGGGAGAGGUGCCGGUGAUGCACUGUAUCACUUCAGACAUGCAAACGGUUGAAACUGAUGCUUUACUAUUCUCUGACGACAAGCCCGAAAUCUUCCCCGAAAUUAUGGACUCGUCAUGUUCGCAAGAAGAAUCGUUGUCGCAAAACCUCUCAAAUUUACCUGUCAAAGGCGAUGCCAUCGAUUCUUUAUCGGAACUACCAGAGCACCAGUCUUCAGCUACGUCUUCAUCUUCGACUUCUCAUUCAUCCAUUGAAUUUCAAGAGAAGGGGGAGCAAAUCCCCCAAAAAGAACUCUGGCGCUGUGAUAUUUGCUCGAAGACGAUGUUACUGAAGAACUUGUACAUUCAUCUACGGAGAGUUCACGCUUACACAAGAGAAAGUGUUAACGAAGUUAGAGCUUACGUAGUACGAGAAGAGCGCAGAGCAAAUCGCUUCCCUGAAGCUCCGCGAAUGUACUGUCCUAUAUGUGGAGUAGUUGUCUUCGACCAUGUUGUUCUAGCCAAACAUUGUGCCACUUUUCACAGCAACGACGGGGCUGGUGGCGAUCCGCAAGACUACACGGUGUUUACCAAAUGUAGUAGGGCUGGUCGAUAUGUCUGUGGUGCAACAAAAAGGCUUAAACCGACCAAAAAACAGACCAAAAACUGCUCGUGUUUUCUGAAUGUGCGUGUUGACGAGUGCGGAACAGUUUCUGUGAUUGGAUGUUUUGGUCAUGUUGGUCACAAAGUGGACGCUGCUCUCAUACGUUUAACAAAUAAGCAAGAAAUGUUUCUCAAAAACCUCUUGGAAGUGUACCCAAUAGGUGAUAUCCUUUUGCACCUGAAAAAGGACUACCCAGCAAAAACGUCACGGCUCCAUCAUGUUUCUCGAGCUGAGCUAAAAAAUCUUAUGAAGAAAUAUCAGCUCAAACCGGUUCCUUAUGAUAACGUUGAAAGACAGAUUUAUAGAAUGAACGGAGAAAACUAUUCCUCCACAGAAACUGUAGAGGAGCAAACCAGUGAGGCCAGCCCCGUCAGCAAGGCUUAUACCUUCGAGCGCAAUCCACAAGCUUCUUUCUAUACAGUGAGCAUAGCUGAGAAAGAGCUAGUACAAGGACCUGUGAUGAGAGUCUCGUGUCAUGACCGCGAUCGAGACAAGAUGGUCUCGUCUAGUGCCGAUCUAUGGCGAUGUACUUUGUGCAGAAAAGCGCUAGUUAGAAAAAGACUCUAUGCACAUUUACAAAACGUUCACAAUUUUACUAAAGAAGAGGUCGAAAUGGUGAAACGUGAUGUGGCAUUGGAAGCGAACUCGACAAGAGAAAAUAACCAAAAAUGGAAAGUAUCCUGUCCAGAAUGCGAUGAGAAGCUUCCGGAUCAUUUGAAUUUGGCAGUGCAUUGCGACAGAUUUCAUAAAGACUAUAAAGGCUGUGGACAAUCGCAAGACUACAGAGUAUUUACCACCACUUUCAACUCAUAUGCUGAAUUUCAGAUAUGGCUCAGUAGUGAAAGUGAACGCACGUGUACUAGUUUGUUUCGUCGAUCAACUUCACUGAAAGGAAAUACAUUUACUUUAAGAUGCCACAGAGCUGGAAGGUACAAGCCAAAACAACGAGUCCGUACACACGCAAGCAAGAAACAGACGAAAAACUGUUCAUGUUACUUGAAUGUACGCAUAGACGAUGAUGGGGUGGUCAGUGUUGAGGGAUGCUUCGGUCAUAUUGGGCAUAAACUGGAAGUAUCCCUUCUCCGUCUAUCGGCUAUGCAGGAGCUAUUUCUCAAGGAUCUUCUGGAAAAAUACUCCAUGGAUUCCAUUCUCCAGCGAUUACAACUUGAAUAUUCCUCAAAAACAUCGCGGCUCGGGUUUGUUGAUCGGAAGGAUUUGUGGAACAUUGCGUACAGGUAUCAUAUUACCCCAGUACCAAAUGAUGGUGGCUGCCCGGAGCACUCUACGUGCGAACAAAACCGUUCUACUAGUACCGUAGUGGAAGAGCGAGAUUGUGACACCAGUACUUCUUUUGCGGAGCAUUCAUCUGAGCAUCAUGAGACGGAUACGGAAGACUCACGAAGUUCCACAAUGUCUGAAGCAUCCGAACAUUUCUCUGAGAAGGAUGACGACUCAUCACUCCACGAAAAACAUCAGGAAGCUGUUGGCUCUUCGGGAGGAAGUGCUCCUACUAAGCUCGUUCCUAUGACGGGAACGACUUUAUCGCAGAAGGCUUCAGCGUCUACCACAACUGCCAAUAACCGCAGUGAAGCCCCUUCGGUGACUAAUCGUCUUUGUGGAGCACCACCUCUCUCCUCCAUGUCACGAAGGAUUGUAGUACCUUCGAAGAGGCUUGAACCGCCCCAUUCAAUAAGUCUGGCAGAUGGACAACGUUCACAUGGACAAGGAUCCUCAUAUCUGCCUUCAGUGGGGACUGUAGCGCAACCUAGGCGGCAGGAAAAACUGUGUCCCCCAAGAAUAGCAGAUGAGUAUCAUCCUGAACUAACGCCUUUGCCCCCUCCUUCGAGGUUUACUACAGUGUCAUUAAGUAGGCUGGAACCGCCACAUUCGAUUAGCCUCACAGAUGAGCAUCGUCCUGUACCAAAUGCCUCGUCCCUUCCAUUACAGAGGAGAGUCGUGCCGAUCACACGGCAGAGCGACUCAGAUAGGACAAGAAUCGAAGAGGAACAUCAUUAUUGCAUGAAAAGUUUGCCAUCAACUUCACAAUCGACCAUAAGACUGCCAGUGAAACAAGGACAGCGAAAUCCUGUGAAGGGGCCCCCUCAGAGACAUAUCACAAUUGAUACUGAGGGAAUGUUCAGCGAACUGGGAGGGAAGCAGAACAACGUUGAUCUGCGAGGUGAACCACAAAUUGAAGAUUCAGAAAAGACGGAGCCAUCGCCGCAGAAAAAAGUCCCACCACGAGAAGAGCUUUGGCGAUGCAAACUUUGUAAGAGAGUGAUGCUCAGAAAGAGCCUCUACAUUCAUUUGCAAAAAGUUCACAAUUUCAACAAGGAACAGCUCGAAAGCGUGAAGCGCGAUAUCGCUCAGGAAAUGGCUUCGUAUGACGAACAAGGAAAUGCUCGUGUAACAUGUCCGAUAUGUGGAGAAAAGCUUUUGAAUCAUGCAGGUUUGGCAGCACAUUGUGAAAGAGAUCAUCAAAAUGAUGGAGCUGAAGGCGAACCACAAGAUUACAGGCUAUUUACAGUGACAUUCAAUUCUCGUGAUGAAUUUGAGCUUUUUGGAGUGAUUGUAAGCGAUAUGACGACAUGUGUAAUACAUUCGAAAGCUGCUAUGACGAGGGACGCCGGUCUUGUCACUGCCCUUGGAUGUUUUGGACACGCUGGUCACAAGAUUGACGUGGCUCUCCUACGGUUGACAUCCUCACAGGAGCAAUUUCUUAGAGGACUUUUGGAAGUGUACUCCAUGGAUAGUAUUUUGGAUCAAUUGAAGAUGGAUUAUUCGCCGAAAACUUCUAAACUCUACCACGUUACUCGUUGUGACCUUUGGAACAUCGUCAACAAAUACAAUAUUCCCACACCUCUGAAAGGCUCAAGAAAAAAGAGACAGGGGACCGCAGUUGACAAGAAGACUUCAGCGAAAAAGGUUAGAAAUAAUGAAAUUACUGAGCCGCGUGAAAUUACUUAUACAUGUUUAUGA